AUUGUAUUUGUAUUUUUGAAGAACAGGAUGGAUGACUUCGACGACGAUUCCUUUGAUGAUGUUUUGGGGUCCAUGGAAAUGCCCACCUCGCCCAAGAAGCCUAAGGUGCAGCCCAGCAACAACCUGGCUCCAGCGGCCACGACAUCCACCGCUAAUAGUAGCACCCCCGCUUCAAUCACAGUCGCCAAGCCGGCGUCGAAUCCCCACAGCGUCCUUGUCCACAGCAAGCAACGAGGAAAUCCGAUCCUAAAGUCCAUACAGAGCGUUCCACUGGAGUAUCGGGAUGAUAUUGUGCCCGACUAUGUGGUGGGCCGCACUACCUGCAUCCUUUUCCUAUCGCUCAAGUAUCACAAUCUGAAUCCAGAUUACAUUUGUCAGCGCCUGAAGGCACUGGGCAAGAUGUACGAGCUGCGUGUCCUGCUGGUGCAAGUAGACACGCCAGAGCCGCACAACGCUCUCAAGAGCCUGACGCGGAUAUCUCUGCUGGCAGAUCUAACCAUGAUGCUGGCCUGGAAUGCCGAGGAGGCUGGCAAAAUGAUUGAAACCUACAAGCAGUUCGAGAAGCGUCCUCCCGACCUGAUCAUGGAACGUGUCGACUCGAAUCCCCACCAAAAGCUUGUGGCUGCUCUGACCAACAUCAAGCCCGUGAACAAAACGGAUGCCGUCACGCUGCUUCAGACUUUUGGAAACUUGGGCAAUGUGAUCACUGCCAGCGAGGAGAGACUGUCACAGGUGAUGGGUCUGGGACCACGCAAGGCCAAAAAGCUUUACAAAACCCUGCAAGAGCCCUUUCUUAGCAAGUAGCAUAAAUUGCAGUAGGGCAAAGGCGAGGAACUUCCUCUGUAAUUUAAUGUUUUUAAUCAUUUGUAUACAAAUCAAACUACACGUUGCUGAAACACUUAUAAACUAGAACGAA